AUGUGGUCUCCGCGAAUCGGGUGGGGAUGGAGGCAGUGCCCAGUAAUAGAGCGCGGUCAAGGUGAUUUGCCAGAGGAAGUUGAUGGUACGUGGGACAUCUCGUCCAGCUUGUUGAGUGCCUGCUUUGAGAAGUACCGCACGACGCCGAGCGAGGAAUUGGAGUGCCGACGAUUGCAGCUGGGAGCCCUGCUGCUCGGGUUGUUUGCAGUGGAAGUCUUGCGAGCGGUGGUUGGGCAGCUGCUUUUCAUUCCCGGCCUUUUGGUGUGUUUGGUUGGCAAUCGGGCUCGGUGCUCUUUGCGUCCGUGGGAUCUUACUCUCUUCGUGACUCUGGCUGCCGUUGUCGCCGUCACGGACCUGGUGAACCUGGUGGCUGGGUGGCAUGGAGGCUUUCCGGAGAUUGCCGAAAGCUUUAGGCUGUCUUCCUGCCAGCGUGUUGGAACCACUGGAGACAUCUUGGCACCUUUGAUUGAGCUGCUCUGCGUGAAAGUAGCCUCAGGGUCGUAUCUGAAGGCUGAGCAUUUGUUUGUUCGCGGGUGCAGUUUCGCGCAUGUGCACGGUGCGUACCCGGGGUACACGUCUUCGCGCAGGCACGGCGCCUCGAACAGUUCGACCUCCUGUCCAACAUCCGCUGUGCCGGGCUCUAUCGUAUCUCCGCUCUCGUCGCUAGCAGAUUAUUUCUGCACCAUCGUGUCCGAUGCAUUUGGCGAAGCUCCAGAUCGGAAGCCGUUGUGCGAGACGGAAGCCGGCUUGUCCAUGCCUGCUCCCUUGCCCAGCUGCCAAGAGUGCGGCGCAGAAGCUGGAGGCUAUGGCGCUGGCUUCGGCACGGGGAUCUUCGCUGAAAGCGCGUCCGGCCAAAAGCUCCAGCAGAGCCGCGGAGAAGACUUGGACUUUGGAGGGUCGUCGCAACCGACGCGUGCUUUGCACAUGCUCUUUGGUUGCAAAAAGCGCACAACAUUAGUCGUCUCCAAGAGACGAGAACGCAAAGGCGAGCUUUGCGGCGAGAAGACGAUCUCUGGGGCAGCUUCCUCACAGGUAGGACCCAGCACCGUCCAGUUUUCAGACUUCUCGAACACGAGACAUCACAGAAGCCCAAAGUUGGCCAAGCUCCGGCCGAACUCCGGCCGAGGCCGCCAGGGAAAAAUGGCUCUGAGUGCAGCGACUUGCAGUGGCUCCCUCGUUAGGUUAGGCUUCAGUCGUCGAGCCAUCCACAGAGUGGAGAAAGUGGGCACCAGCGGUGUGCUGGUGGCAGAUCUGCCGGAACUAGGUGGAGCUGCAGCCGUCGCCAGCCGUGACUUCCAGGCAGGCGAGCGCGUCUUCGAAGAGCCUGUGCUCGUCGUGGCGCCGUCAGCAACAAACUUGGCACGUGUUCGUGCAUACUGCCACCUGGCCGCGGAAAAGCGACGGCUUCUGCGCGAAGAUUUCUUCGGGGAGGCACCGCCUGUUCGCUGUGCAGCAACCGCAGCCUGCAGUGGCGAGGUGUCGGGAGACUCAGCUGCCGAGGUGCUCGCGACUCUGAGAGCGGAGGGCCAGGAUGACCUUGACCUAGCCGAGGUGGAGGAAGUCAUUCGCGUGUGGAACUUGAACGCCUACGACAAUGCCUUGGCACCUGUGGCCUGCAAGGUUUCGCACUCGUGCGCGCCAAACCUCACCAUACGCGUUGAUGCUACCGAAGGCAUCAUUGAGGGAACAGCUUGCCGGCAAAUCGUCGCUGGCGAGGCUCUAGGCAGCUGGUACAUUCAAGAUACGGGCGUUUGGUGGAUGGGUGCGGACAUUCGCCGGAAUUUCCUCAAGCAAGACCGUGGCUUCAGCUGCCUUUGCACUCGCUGUCAGAGCCCGGAUACUUGCAGAGCUCUGCCUUGUGACGCUUGCGGUGCCGGGACAGUGCUGCCACAGGGACACUCGGGAACGCCCUCGGAGGCCCAGCCUACCUGGCGCUGUGCCUCCUGCAGUCGGGACACCCUGAGCGGAGACCUGCAUCGCAGCACAGCCGAAGCACAGUUGACGCAUCGCAUGCUUCUGGAGCUGAAGCCGCCGCGUGGCGUGCCGAAGGCCAGUCCUGAGGAGUUGGUGGCGUUGGCUGGAGAUGUGAGGAGCAGACUUGGUGAUCAACAUUGGAUAUCUGCGGCGGCAGCGCUGGUUCUCCACUUUCGCUGCCGGCCUGAGGGCGGGCUGCUGGACCCCCUCUCCGUAGCUUGCGGCUGUCGUUUCCUGGGCUGGCUCCUCGACAGGAAAUUGCCGCUCCCACCGGCACCCGUUGUUCGCACACCGAUUGCCGUGGCCAUAGACUGCAUCGCAUGGCUCGGCCAGGUGCCUGGGGUCGCCUCCGGGGCUUCGCAAGCUUUCCGCUGGCGCGACCAGACGAUCACAGACCACCGCAGUAUCGCUUCACGCCUGUUGCAGGAUUGGCUUCUGCCAAUCUUCAUGGCCACAGGUGGCACCAUCGCCAAGGUGGCCAACACUGGAGCACGUGUGGCCUCCUUGAAGGAGUGGCUGUCAAACUUGAGAAGCACAUGCGGACACUGCAGCAAGAAGCUGGAUGGGCAUCCGCUUGUCUGCGGCCGCUGCAAACAGGUUCGCUAUUGCAGCCGCUCUUGUCAGCAGGCCAAUUGGAAGGACAGCUGGGAUUUCAAGUCGCUUGUAGCUGAGGUAUCAAGGAGAGAUGGACGGCCGGAAAGACCAGAGAGACCACAAAUAAACCAAGUCCGCGCUGCUUGGCCUCACACAAGUCUCAAGCCAAAAGGUUCCGUUUGCACUAGUGCGUGUCGAGCACUGCAGGGACUCUGA